AUGUCUAAUAAAUAUUCAAUUAUCUUGCCAACGUAUAAAGAACGCAAAAAUUUGCCUAUUGUCACAUAUUUACUUGCUAAAACAUUGGAUUCUGAAAAUCUUAAUUGGGAACUUAUAAUUGUUGAUGAUAAUUCGCCUGAUGGAACUCAAGAAGUAGCUAUUCAGUUGAUAGAAAUAUAUGGGAAAAAACACAUUAUUUUGAAAACACGUCCAGGAAAACUUGGACUUGGAACUGCGUAUAUAUAUGGUCUUCAGUAUUGUACAGGUAAUUUUGUGAUUAUUAUGGAUGCAGACUUUUCUCAUCAUCCAAAAUAUAUUCCUCAAUUUAUUUCUCUUCAAAAAGAAAAAUCUUAUGAUAUUGUUUUGGGAACACGAUAUGCCUAUGGUGGCGGGGUUUAUGGUUGGGAUAUAAAACGGAAACUUAUCUCUUUGGGUGCAAAUCUUUUAAGCAGGAUUUUACUUCAACAUGGUGUUAGUGAUGCUACAGGUAGUUUUCGUUUAUAUAAAAAAGAGGUUUUAGAAAAAAUAAUUGUAGACUCUAAAAGUAAAGGUUAUGUUUUUCAAAUGGAAAUCAUUGUAAAAGCUAGAAAAUAUGGGUAUUCUAUUGGUGAAUUGCCUAUUACAUUUAUAGAUAGAUUAUAUGGUGAAUCUAAACUAGGCAGUGAUGAAAUUAUUGGGUAUAUUAAAGGGCUAUGGAAUUUGCUUACUACUUUAUAA